CAUUUUCAAGAAAAGGGGAACUGCCCUACUGAGAAAGUUUCACUUUAUACUGGGGUUUUCCCCUUGAUAUUUUUUACAGCCAAAUGUGGGUGGCACCAGGGGAUAUAAAUGCAUCUUAGCAGUGUGCUUCCAAUUCAGAAUUCUUCCUCUCUGUUGAUCAGUCCCGGGAACAAUGGCUGUGGGUAAAGCACUUGCCCUCUUCUGCGGUCUGCUCCUCAUCCUGUCCUGUGUUUGUGGAAUGUCCCCACUUGGGAAACAACGCUGCAUGUGCAAAGGGCGCGGUGCCGAAAGGAUCAGUACCCAGCAUCUGAAAAAACUGGAGGUGUUUCCAAUGAGUUUUGGCUGUGAUGAGAUUGAGGUCAUUGUAACAAUGAAAUCAGGAAGUAAGAUCUGCCUCAAUCCUCAAUCAAAAUUUGCCAACAAACUCCUUUCUGCACUGCGGAAAAAGAGAUCUUCAAAGUGAUUCGAUACGGAGCCAUUAUGAUAACUGGAAAUUUCCAUGGUGAAGUUGGAUAUGCAGACAGCCUAGCUGCAGGAUUUCUUGCUCUCAACUCAGAACUGGUUUUGUUUAACAGAAACUAUUUUGAAAAAAUGCCUUUAAAAAACACAAAAACACACAUUUCAAGAGAUGGUGCACCAAGGGCAAACCUUUGUACUUCAUAGAAAUAUUUUCUUGGGUUUCUUUUUUGUAAACUACAAUGUAAAAAAAUCUCACACUAUUUUUACAUUCCUGAUAAUGACAGCUAGCGUACAUUAAUGUGUCCUGAUUUUACAAAUAUAUAUUUUAUGUAAAAGAAAAACUCUGUAUAUUGUAAGUGUUUGGAACUUAAUUUAUAAUUCUUAAUUAUUCAUGAGAAUUGUAAUUAUUUUUAAAAUUAAAAAAGAUUACUCAUAACAGAGAUAUUUGUAAUGGUGAAGUAUAGCUGAAAAUGCCAAACCUACAUUAAUUAUAACUAGAAAGCAGCAAUAGAUCUGGUAUUCUUUAGCUCCAUCUCAUAUAUGCCCAGAUAUGCCAUGUGGGUGAUAUACCAAUCAUCAGAUCCCCCAAUGCCAAAUAACCAUAAAAGUGUUAGAAACAUAUUCCCAGGGCAUUGGUUUGCUAGGCAAUUUUUGUGGGGCUACAUAUAAGGUACUACAAAUUAUCCCUUUAUUUGGAAUACAGCACACAAGUAGAAUUUAGAGCUGUCAUGAUAAGGAGUGCAUCCACACUCUCUUCUCUGGUCAUCAAAUUGUAUAUUUUAUGCAUAUUGUAUUGUUUUUUUUUUCUUUUUUUAAAUGUCUGAUUAAAAUGGAUAGAAAUUAAUUUAUAUAUUUUCUUAGAAAUGGUGUAAUAUAUUGAAAGUUCAAACUUUUUAAUUGCAAAAAUAUUUAAAACAAAUAAAAUGUUGUUUUUAAACAAGAA